UAAUGUUAGCAAUGUGUCCCUUUUACGUUUUGAAAUGAAUCCUUAUACUGACAGUUUAUUCUAAUCUUAUGCAUUCAAAGUCACGACCAAAACUUGUGUUCACGCGGGCCAUUGUUCAUUUAAAUUUGUCAGAAUUUUAAGCAUUUAAUUUUCAAUGACGUUCAAAAUCUAAGUCUAAGUUUCAUCACGGCUGGAAAAGGGUGAAGUACCUAACUCAACACGACCUUUCUGCGAAGCAUGCCGAGUGGAAGAGUGAGCUGAAAUUUCCCCUUAAAGUCUUGAAGUCUUCAAUGAAUGCAGUCGUUGCGAAUAUAGUGUCUAAUGAUGAGACUACCCAAAGCAUCGUUGGUAAAACUACUGUGGCGGAACUGCAACUUCAGUACAGCAGUCCGAGUGGGAAAACACUGCAGGUGGCAGACACCAAUCUGCGGUUUCCCACCCUUUCAAACCCGAACAUUAUGCACUACGUUAGUGACUAGGAAAGAGAGCGACCAGGCUAAUGAGAAGCUUAACCUGGACAUAUGGAAGUCUGUGAUGAUGUCACCCGGUCCCCAGGAGGAGAAAGGGAAGGAGGAGGAAGCUCUCGGAGAGUCGGGAGAGGAAGCAGAGUGUUCCCCGCUGGCUGCCACCCGCGAAAUGGUGGAAAUGAUGCGGCAGGCCGGGAGAAAUGUCCCAGAGCAUUUGAGUGACAACGACCUUCUGUCACUCCAAGAGCAUACUACGAAAACUGCAAGGAAGAAGUUUCUCAAGUUCCUGGCUCUUAAGGAGAGCUACAAAAAGGCCCGGAAGCAGGAAAAGGAGAAGAGGAAGAGUGAAUCCCAGCCACAAGAGGAAGAGGAAGAGGAAGCUAGAGUGAGUUUGAACUCCUAUUUGAUCACGAAGCGGGGCCGCUAUUUAAACUCCGGAUGCAAAUGGAGGGCUGCCCAGGCUAUGCUUUUUGGGCAGUCGCUGGUGUUUGAUAUGAGCUACGAGGCGGUCAUGAACCAGAGGGAGCUGAGUAACACAAUCAGCCAGCUGCAGGAGUGCCUCACCUGGAACAAAAGAUCCCUCGAGCCCUUCCACAUUCACUUCUGCAACCUGCAGCCCAAUUCUGGCUACAAACGGGAGCUGACAAGCAGGUAUGGGGACUCCUGGGAUAACCUCCUGAUCACUGCCACUGAGCAGAGGCAUGUGGACAUGUUUCCCCACAAACAACUGGUUUAUCUGACCGCAGACUCCCCGAAUGUGCUCCGGUCCUUUGACCACAACAAGGUUUACAUUGUGGGCGCCCUAGUUGACAAAGCGGACCAGUCCUCUGUCUCGCUGACUAAUGCCAAGCGACUCAAAUUAGACACUGCCCGCUUUCCCUUGGACCACUUCCUUCAGUGGGACUCGGGCGCCAAGAACCUGACGCUGGACCAAGUUAUGCGCAUCUUACUGACGCUGAGGGACACUGGGAAGUGGGAACAAGCGCUUGAGUUUGUCCCCAAGAGAAAACACAGUGGAUUCUACCCGAAAAACCUGGUAGAGGGUCCUGUGAAAAUGUUCACUGAUGUAGCCAGAAUGAAGUUUAAGAAACGGGCAAAAAAAUUUACUUUCAGUGAAACUGGCUCCGUCAGAGAUGCCGGACACAAGCCCCUCACUCAGCCGGGGGUACGAAACGUUUUCAAACCCAAACAAUUCAUGGAGCCUGAUGGCAAAGCAAAGGGCAGGAAGAACUGGGGGGGGUAACCAUAAAACAACAGAUGUGCACAAAGAACAGCCUUUAAAAGACUUUCUCUCAAGAAGGCAUGUUGCAUUAUCAUUGUGGAAUAUGUUAAGGCCUAUGUAAAUGUAUGUUGCUCAUAGAGACCUUUGUUAAACUGCAACACUUCUUUACUCGUUAGUUCACAUUGUAUUCAUUACUACUGUGAUGCAGCGGCGAUGUCAUGCAUUUCCGUCGACCGAAACCGCCAUGAUGAUUCGGCAGAUGCUGAGUAGAAUUUUGAUUAAAUAUGUGGACUCUGCCCAAUUGUAACAAUGUGGUAUAAUCUGUCUUGCCCUAAGAAGAAAUUAUUCGUAGGGAAAUGAUGUGUGACCUGUGCUUUGUAUGUCAAAAGGAAGUUCUUGCCUUGAAUUACAGCCUCUAAUAAAUCUAAUGAAUUAAUCCAUUCCCUAAAAUGCCAGAAAGGGCAGCUUUAUCCUGGAGAGUACAGUCCAGUAUAUACCUUUUGUGUCCACAUGAGGGAGCCCUUGUCUUGUUUACAUAAAUCAGGGCUCUGACGUUCCGGAGGUCUGCUGUUUCUA